AAAAUUCUUUGGUAGUAGGUCGGAUUGAGUUAAGUUCUCGUUAUCACAUUUCUGGAUUGGUGUAAGAUGUUCACAGUGGAUGCAGGUGCAGACUCAGCAGUUACCAACGAAACUCCAUUGAAAAGCCAAUUUCACGUGCAGAAGCUGGUGGAGCACUUUUGCCGGCAGACGCAGUUGCUCAAGCUGGUCCAGGGCUCCUCUGGCCGCUUUGUGGCGAACUAUAGGAGCAGCCGACGGCCAGAGGACCUCCUGGCCCCCAUCCAGUUGCGCCUGGACUUCGACUACCGGCAACUACUCGAGAUCUCGCCGCAACUCCUGCAACUCAUCGUCGAGGAACCGCUGCAGUUCCAGGAAGCGGUCCGCUACUCGAUCUACGGCCUGGUCCGCUCACAUCUCAAGGACGCCGGCCUGAAGCCCAUCGAUAUCAACCAGCUGCACGCCCACUGGCGCUUGGUGGGACUGCCCUUUACGCCGGGCCUGCAGUUCGAGCCGCGGGAUCAGUUGAUCCGGCUGGGUUUGUCCCAGGUUCUGGGCAUCCUAGCCGCGUUCACGCCGCAGGAAACGCUGGUCCUGCAAUCGAUUUGGUACUGCGGCAGUGGCUGUAUGCGAAAUGCUAUACAGACCAGCUCAACGGAUGCACCCUUUUGUUCGGGCUGCUCGCGGCCCAUGAGUGAAUACCAAAAACUGCGCGUCACAGAAACCUACCGGAUUUUAGCCAUCUUGCCUAUUUCCGCCAUUCAGACACCUCGUAUCACCAAUUGCCUUCAUCGCCCCAAGUUAGUCCGCCUUAGAGCCCACGCCCACGACUGCGAAUUAAAGUUGGGUGCCAGCUACCUAAUCUGCGGAUACUUUGCAAGCUCGGCCACCACAUAUCAAUUGGAAGCAUGCCAUCUAGGAAGCGCCUAGAGAACAAAGCCCGUCGUCGGCGCAAU